CAGCAGCGGCAGCGUCCCACAGAUCCUCCGCACAGCCACUGCUGGUUCCGACUUCAUCUGGCAACAACGGCGAUGGGGGGGUUGUUUUGAUUAAAAUUGAAGGAUUUUUUUUAUCAUGUUUUUAUUAACGCAUUGUUGCGUUGAAGCCCAGGAUGUUUUUUGUGCUUUCUGAGUGUUGGUUAUUCCUUAACGUCCCCAAAGGAGAAACUAACGUGGGAGUAACCGAUCUUAAAGCUGAGAGGAGCAACUUUUCCAACUGCCUUACUAGUCAGUGGAGCUGACUUAUGCUAAGCUAACCCGCCAGCCAAUGCAGUUGAAAUUCCUGUUAAAAGUCCACAAACGAGCAAGCGAACUUUACAUGCCGGGAUUUAUGGACUAGAUGAGAUUUACUGGCGACUUUGUGAGAGAAACCUGCCCCUCGGAGCCUCGCGGUAUCUGGUCGGAGUGGACCGUGCAGGUGCACCUCUUGCGGCACCUGCGAACAGUUGGUAACGUUAGCUCCAUCGGUUAGAGAGCUAGCUUUAGCUUGUUCGCGUUAGCAUUGAGACUGUUGUGGACCAAUGUAUCUCUCAUGGCAGAGAUUAUUUAAAACACUUAAGUGUUAGUUUCAAACUUUAUAAACUGCUGUUUAACCGUCAACCCCCCCCCCAAAAAAAGUGGUGACAUUAGCGUCAACAUAUUUCGGCUAACCGCUAGCAAGUUGUUGACCCUCGUACACUUUUACCGGAGUGGCGACGUGGAUAAGUUGCAGGGUUGUGGACGCUCGCGCUCUCCCACAGGACUUUGGACACGGUUUGAUCCUCUGUGCCGGGAAUGCCCAUCUGUUCUCAUCAGCUAGUCUCGUAGAUGUGACAGCAUGAGGAUUUCAAAAAGUUACAUUUCAUUGUUUUAAAGUUUUGCUCUGAAAGCUCUUGCACCCUAUGGUGCCGCUACGGCCACCGAGAAAUGGAUGUCUCGCAGGCCGCUUUCCCAAACGGUGAAGGGCGGCCGGGCGGCUGUGGGACAGGGGAGCAUGCCUGGACAGAUUCUCCCACAGCUCGGGCGUGGGCUCACUCUGCCCCGCUGUGCCCGACUCGGUCCCUGUGGACAGCCGCAUAUGACUACGAGGCAAGCGGCGAGGACGAGCUCAGCCUCAGACAGGGGGACGUGGUGGAGGUGCUGUCCAAAGACGCAGCGAUCUCCGGGGACGAGGGCUGGUGGACGGGUAAAAUCAACCACCGGGUCGGGAUUUUCCCAUCAAACUAUGUCACCUAUCAGCCCGCUAUCUACCGUAUCCCUACUACGAGUGGGUCCGUGGGGGCACGAGAACAAGUCCCGAGCUCGCCCAUCAAUAUACCCUUCAGUGAACUGGUACUAGAGGAGAUUAUAGGCGUGGGUGGAUUUGGCAAAGUUUACCGGGGCACAUGGAAAGAUCAGGAGGUCGCCGUGAAGGCGGCUCGGCAAGACCCAGACGAGGACAUAGCAGCCACCGCCGGCGGUGUUAAACAAGAAGGGAAACUUUUCUCCAUGCUGCAGCACCCCAACAUUAUUAAACUGGAGGGAGUAUGUUUGGAGGAGCCCAACCUGUGCCUGGUCAUGGAGUAUGCCCGAGGCGGGACACUGAACCGGGCGUUGACCGGAAGGCGCAUCCCUCCACACAUCCUGGUCAACUGGGCCGUGCAGAUUGCACGCGGGAUGCUCUACCUACACGAGGAGGCCGUGGUACCCAUUAUCCAUCGGGACCUGAAGUCUAGCAACAUUUUAUUACUUGAAACGAUUGAGAAUGAUGACAUCGGGAGGAAGACCUUGAAGAUCACAGAUUUCGGACUGGCCAGGGAGUGGCACAAAACCACAAAAAUGUCAGCCGCCGGCACCUACUCCUGGAUGGCCCCCGAGGUCAUCAAGUCAUCUCUCUUCUCCAAAGGCAGUGACGUCUGGAGCUAUGGCGUCUUGCUGUGGGAGCUGUUGACAGGGGAGGUGCCGUAUCGUGGGAUAGACGGCCUGGCUGUUGCUUACGGUGUGGCAGUCAAUAAGUUAACUCUACCAAUCCCCUCCACUUGCCCCGAACCCUUCGCCAAACUCAUGGAAGAGUGUUGGGACCAGGACCCCCACGUGCGUCCCUCCUUCUCCUGCAUCCUGGAGCAGCUGUCGGCCAUCGAGGAGGCGGUGAUGGCCACCAUGCCCCAGGAUUCCUUCCACAGCAUGCAGGACGACUGGCGUGUGGAGAUCCAGGAGAUGUUUGAUGAGCUCAGGACCAAAGAGAAGGAGCUACGUUCCAGAGAAGAGGAGCUGACGCGGUCCGCCCUCCAGCAGAAGUCUCAGGAGGAGCUGCUGAAGCGACGGGAGCAGCAGCUGGCAGAGCGGGAGAUCAACGUGCUGGAGAGAGAGCUCAACAUCAUCAUCUUCCAGCUCAACAAAGAUAAGCCCAACGUGAAGAAGAGGAAAGGCAAAUUCAAACGUUCCCGCCUCAAACUGAAGGAUGGAAACCGCAUCAGCCUGCCCUCAGACUUCCAGCAUAAGAUCACCGUGCAGGCGUCUCCCUCCAUGGACAAGAGACGAAGCCUUCAUAGCACCAGCUCCUCGCCUCCCAGCAGUCCAACACUCAUCCCCCGGCUACGAGCCAUUCAGCUAACUCAAGAUGAGAGCAACCGUACAUGGGGUCGCAGCACCCCCUUCAGGCCAGAGGACUUCGAUGAAGAUGUGAAAAAGGGAAUCAAGAAGAAAGGAAGAACCUGGGGCCCAAGUUCAGUGCAGAGCAAAGAAAGGCCUGCUGCUGCUGAGAGAGUGCGUCCUCUGUCAGACGGCAGUAACCCCUGGUCCACCAGCCUGGUCAAGUCCCAGAAGUCUGUCCCCCUCGCUGCCCUGUUUGCUGAACAAGCGGGGGGCGGGAAAGACGAGGCGUUCUCCCAGGAAUGUCCUGACAGCAGCUCCAAGCCAAAGCAGCUCAAGUUCCCCAACCAGGUGUACAUCGAUCUACCUCUGUGGCGGGACGAGCAGCAGCCUCAGAGCCCCGGUGGGCAUUGUGGGUCGGGAGAUGCCGGGGUCGGGGCCGCAGGUCAGGGUGGCCCACCAGAGACCACAGACGACCCCUACACCACUACAUCCACCUCGUCCACCUCCACCACCCCGCAGCUCACCCCCACCAACAGCCUGAAGCGGACGUCGACUCGCCGCAAGACUGACUCCGUGCUGUACGGCUGCGGCUCGUUGCUGGCUUCAGUUGUGCUCGGUUAUGACAUUAGGGAGGCUCUCAAAACCUCAGCUCCUGGGGAAGAUUGCGAGCCCCAGCGUGAGGAGAAGGAGAAGAAGAAGAAGGAAGGCCUGUUUCAGCGCGCGACACGGUUCCGCCGCAGCACCUCACCACCAAGCGGUCGCCCCCGCAAAGACGAGGCGUUGUCAAACCACACCGCCACCCAACCUGUUAAUCUCAUCUCCAUGUCAGCCAUUAUGGAAUGUAACUCCACCAAGUGUCUCACACAGUCACAGGAGGCGGCUGUGUCAAAGUCGAGCCCUGGGAAGGUUGAGCUUGAGGCUGCCAAUCAUCACACAGAGUCCUCCAGACCCAGCCCAGCCGUUUCUACAGAAGGCCAGAGCAACAGGACCGCAGCUAACACACCGACACCAGUGCAAACCAAAAGCCAGCCACCAGAGCAGAGCAACCACAACACAGGAACACGUCUACGGAGAAAGAAAUACGGCACCAACCACAAUACCAAUGGCCCUCCCUCUCUGCUUCCUCCAGCCUCGCAGAAGAAGCAGGACAAAGGGAAGGAUGGCGUGUCAGAGAAGCCCUCUAAAGGAGAGGCCUUCUCCAGACCACGGCCAGUGUCCUUCCGCGCCAAACCCCACACCUGGGCCCUGCUGCGAGGACGCAACAAGAGCUACUCCCUGGGCCACUACUCCGGAGAGAAGACGGCACAGAACCUAAGCGUGGUGCUGUCCUCAGAUGUGGGGAUGGGCUGCUCCCUGCUGGACAUGGACACGGAGGGCCAGAAACGAGACUGCACUGUGCCGCUCUGCCGCAUUCAGAGUUCUCCGGGACGGCCCUCCGUCUUCGAGCUGGAAAAGGAGUUCCUCUCUUAGGAGCUAUGAACAGCGAUCUGCUGUGGUCACAGUUCAUCCCACACAACCUGGAGUGUUUCAGAACAUUCAGACACAAUCUUUGGCCUAAAACUCCUGGAGGGUUUAGAACCAGGCUGCCUUUUUUUUUU